AUGUCUGCCCUACGAACAGCCUCGCGCGCCAUGUCCCGCCCCCACCAGCGCCUCUCCCAAGUCCAGCGACACUUCAGCACAACACCACGCCCCGCCCAAGAAAUCCGCGAUGCCUACAUCCUCAGCGCGUCCCGGACGCCCGUGGGCGCCUUCAACGGCGCCUUCACCACCGUCCCGGCGCCCCACCUCGGCGCCGUGGCCAUCAAAUCCGCGUUAGAAAAGUCCACCGUGCCUGUUUCGAAGAUCACAGACGUCUACAUGGGCCAAGUGCUGCAAGCAAACGCCGGCCAGGCACCCGCGCGACAAUCCCUGAUCUUCGCCGGGCUCCCCAACACCAUCGAGUCGACCACCAUAAACAAGGUGUGCGCGUCGGGCCUCAAAGCCGUAACCAUCGCAGCAGCGACAAUCCAGCUGGGCCACACGGACGCGGCGAUCGCGGGCGGGAUGGAGAACAUGACGCGCGUGCCGUACUACAUCCCGCGCGCUUCCCAGCAGGCUCCCUUCGGCAACAUGGAGCUCAAGGAUGGCUUAAUAGUGGAUGGCCUCUGGGACGUCUACAACCAGAUCCACAUGGGGAACUGCGCAGAGAAGACGGCUAGGGACUACGACAUCUCGCGGGAGGAGCAGGACGAGUUUGCGAUCCUGUCGUUCAAGCGCGCGCAGGAGGCGUGGAAGCAGGGGCUGUUCAAGGACGAGAUCGCGCCUGUGACGGUCAAGGGGAAGAAGGGGGAGACGGUUGUGAGCGAGGAUGAGGGGUACAUGAAGAUCAAGUUUGACAAGGUGAAGACGCUUAAGCCGGCGUUCGAUCGCAGUGGGAAGGGCACGAUUACCGCGGCGAAUGCGAGCAGUUUCAACGAUGGGGCGAGUGCGUUGGUGGUCGGGAGCAAGGAGAUUGCGAAGGAGUAUGGAAAGGAGAGCCGGGUGCUAGCGCGGAUCGUGAGCUACGCGGAUGCAGCGGUGGAUCCGAUCGAUUUUCCGAUCGCGCCGGCGAAGGUGGUGCCGAUUGUGCUGGAGCGGGCGGGGCUGAAGAAGGAGGACAUUGCGGUCUGGGAGUUCAAUGAGGCGUUUGCUGCGGUCAUCAAGGCGAACGCGAAGAUCCUGGGCUUGGGCGUCGACAAUGUCAAUCCACGAGGAGGUGCGAUUGCGCUAGGGCACGCGCUGGGCAGCUCAGGUUCGCGGAUUCUGGUUACGCUGCUGCAUCAGCUGAAGGACGGCGAGUACGGCUGUGCGGCGAUAUGUAAUGGCGGGGGCGCUACGACUGGCAUCGUGGUGCAGAAGAUUGGGCAUGCCGAUCUGUAA